AUGAGGUUAGAGGCUGAACCCACUAGCCGCUUGAUUCAUCCUAGAACAAAUUGCUCUAAGAAGGAUGAUUCUAGAAAAGCUGCCGCCAGGAAACCACACUCCAGUAGAAGUCACACAGACAAGAAAUUAUACAAAUGCACUGAAUGCCAGAAACCCUUCACCCAUGUGUCCCACCUCCUCCUGCACCAGAGGGUUCACGCAAGAGAGAAACUGUACCAGUGCAUUGAAUGCAGAAAAGCCUUUAUGUGGAAGAGUCACCUCCUUUUGCACCAGAAAACUCACACAGGAGAGAAACCCUAUCGAUGUGACAACUGCGGAAAACUGUUCUCACAGAAAUCACAACUCAUGGUCCAUCAGAGAACUCACACGGGCGAGAAAAUGUACCUGUGCCCUGAAUGCCCCAGAGCUUUUACUCGGAAGGCAGACCUCACCUUACACCAGAGAUCCCAUACGGGCGAGAAACCGUAUGCAUGCAGGGAGUGUCAGAAGGCCUUCAGCAGUCAGUCUCAGCUCUCUGUCCACAAGAGACGCCAUACAGGUGAAAAGCCGUAUGCAUGCAGCCAGUGUGGUAAAGCCUUCCUGCAUAAAUCCAGUCUCGUUUUACAUGGGAGAACUCACACGAGAGACAAACAGUAUGGGUGCAGUGAAUGCCAUAGAACCUUCAUCUGCAAGCCACACCUCAUUAAGCAUAAAAGAACUCAUACCGGCGCCAAACCCUACGGUUGCAGUGAGUGUGGGAAAACCUUCUCUCUGAAGUUUAAUCUCACACUGCACCAGAGGAUGCAUAGAGGAGAGAAGCCCAACGAAUGCGCCCAGUGCCAGAAAGCCUUCUUUCGAAAGUCGCAGCUCAUCGAGCACCAGAGAACUCACACUGGGGAGAAGCCCUUCUCAUGCACAGACUGUCAAAAAGCGUUCUCCAGGAGGUCAGAGCUCCUGCUACAUCAGAAGAGUCACACGGGGAAAAGGCCUUACCAGUGCAGCCAGUGCCAGAAGGGCUUUGUGCGCCAGUCCGAGCUGGUGCUGCACCUGAGAAUUCACACUGGCGAGAAGCCCCACGGAUGCAGCCAGUGUCAGAAAGCCUUCCGGACCAGGUCCCAGCUCCUCAUUCACCAGAGGACGCACACGGGCGAGAAGCCCUACCCCUGCGACCGGUGCCCAAAGGCCUUCAGCACCAAGUCCCUGCUGACCAUUCACCAGCGGACCCACACCGGGGAGAAGCCGUAUAGGUGCAGCGACUGCGGCAAGGUGUUCACGCAGAAGUCCCAGCUCGUCGUGCACCAGAGGACGCACACGGGUGAGAAGCCCUACCCCUGCGACCGGUGCCCAAAGGCCUUCAGCACCAAGUCCCUGCUGACCAUUCACCAGCGGACCCACACCGGGGAGAAGCCGUAUAGGUGCAGCGACUGCGGCAAGGUGUUCACGCAGAAGUCCCAGCUCGUGGUGCACCGCAGGACGCACACCGGGGAGAAGCCCUAUGAAUGUGGCCACUGCCGGAAGGCUUUCAGCCGAAAGUCACCCCUCAUCAUCCACCAGAGAACGCAUACGGGUGAAAACCCCUAUGUGUGUGGCGAGUGUGGGAAGGGUUUCACAUGGAAGCCCGGCCUCAGUCGGCACCAGAGAACCCACACAAAAGAGAAGUGCUAUGAAUGUGGUGAGUGUGGGGAGGCCUUCAGCAUCAGGUCCCACCUCUACACGCAUCGGAGAACUCACAGAACAGAGACACCACGUGAGGACACAAAAAAUAGGGCGUUUAAGAUCAUACCACCUUGGGAGAGUGCAGGUGUAUAA